CCGGAAUCUAAUGAAAUAGUUGACGAGCCUUAAAAAUUCAAAGCCAGAAUGUCGACCAUAAAAAGAUCCAGGGUCACGCGUAAAUAAAACAGAUAGGACGAAAAAAAAAACAAGGAAAAUAGAAGUUUCCAGCGCCGCACGAUUAUAAACCAACGGUGGAUCUCUCUAUCGACAGAGUCAUUAUUUUCUUUAUAUGAAAAUAAAUUUUAAGUACAUCCGGAGAAGCAAAACUAGAUUUCGAUUACGUCAUUGCCGACUCCAGAGACUUUCAAAAUCGGGCGAGCUAUUGCGUCAAUUUUCUUUUUCCUUAACUCGGAAUUCCAUUGUUGUUUUUAAGUUCUUCGCUAAUUUAUAUAUUCCGUUUUGAUGGCGUCAACUUCGAAUCGAAACGGUGGCGAUUCUUUCUACGGCGGUGCCGCACAUUACCGAUCAAGGGAGGGUUUAAGCACGAGACCGGUGGCAAGCUCUGAUGAAAUACAAUUGCGGAUUGAUCCUAUACAUGCUGAUUUAGACGAUGAGAUCACCGGUCUUCGUAGCCAAGUUAAAUUAUUGAGAAAUGUUGCUCAAGAGAUAGGAUCAGAAGCAAAAUUUCAGAAGGACUUUUUAGAUCAGCUGGUAUUUAUUACUGCUAAAUGCACCCUUGCUUCACAUUUUUUCUCUUUAUGGUUUUUAGCAUGCUAUGUCCUUGCUACGACGUUUUGUUGGUUCCAUAGGAGGAAUCACCACCGUAGUCUGUCAUACACAUUUGAUGGGUUUAUUAUAAAAUUGCAACCCGGUAUUGUAUACUGAAGUGAAAUGAAGGGGGAAUAAAAUUUUGAACCAUUUGACCUAUGGAAGUGUUGAAAAAUAACCUGAAAAAGUGGGAAAUGUUAAUUCUUGCUUAUCCACGUCUGACAAUGUAUUUAUCAUGUGAUUUCUCUAUUAUGUAAAAGAUAGUGAUGAGAUCUUCCUCUUUCAUCUAAAGUUGUUAGAAGUAAUUUUCCACCCAGGGUUUGUAUAGGUAGGAAACAUGCUCUUUGUUCUUCUGUUCAUAUAUUGUAUUAGGCAAGCACAUUUUAAUUAUGGUAGUUAAAUUUAAUGUACUUUGCUGUUCUAUAA